CGGUAUGUAGCUGUGGAUAACCCUUUGGUGGAAUCAUCAACUCCUCAUACACGUAUUCAUGACAAAGUAGCAUCUCCACAGCAUCACACAGCAAUUUUUCUCUUCUUCUUCAAAAAAAAUUGCCCCCUUUCCCCUUUUUUCUUUCGCUCCCGCCCCUCCAAUGCAUGGCAGCCCUAUGGAUAUUUUAUUUUUUUCUUAGAGUCACGAACCCUCCUCUCUGCCGUGGGACCCGCCUAGCCGGGAUCCGCAAUAGCUAUACCUGCCCACUCUUUUUCUCUGCUGUGGCUGCCGCAGUGGAGCAUCACAGAAACAAUUUUUGCAAUUUUCUACAUAGUAUAGUAUUAAAAGGGCAAAAAGACUGUAAGAAAGAGCAAGAGUUGGCGAAGGGGUGGCGUGUAAGUGGACUCUGUGGCGAGACAUGGAGCUGGGCAGGGCUGGGAUUGUUGUGGUUCUUUGCCGUAAUAAUUACUACCUAGGCCUGCUAGCCUUGUGAUUUAUUGUAUAAUUUUUGUCCCACCAGCGGUGAAAGUACGAUGGGAUUCGC